GAGGACGUUUCUACACGGAUCAUGUUCACUGAUGGACAACAUGGAACCGGCUGCCGAAAAGGCACGUUGUUUUUGUUUGUUGACUUGAGUCCUUGCGACGCUUUUUGGCUACGUGUAGAAAUGUACAAGACAAUGUUUGCAGAGUAGUAUACCAUCAAUGGGAAGCUUUUAAUCAUGCAGCAUGGCCGCGCCGGAGAAUGAAAGUUUGCCCCUUGGUGAUAGCGUCACUCAUUGUGAUCAAAACAACAGCGGCGGAGUGAAACAUGAGGGCAACCAACAAGAAGUCUUGAGCCAGGAGGAAAAGACUGGAGGAGAGCAGAGUCUGGUGUCCGCCUUCAAGCAGAUGAAACUGGAGCGAGAAGCACAGAAGAACUGGGACUUGUUCUACAAAAGGAACACAACUAAUUUCUUCAAGGACAGACACUGGACCAGCAGAGAGUUCGAGGAGCUCAAUACGUGCAGACAAUCUGAAUCGCAGAGGUUAGUCCUGCUGGAGGCGGGAUGCGGCGUGGGCAACUGCAUCUUCCCUCUGCUGGAGGAAGAGUGCAACAUCUUCGUCUACGCUUGCGACUUCUCGCCCAGAGCGGUUGAUUUUGUCAAAAAUCCUCUGUGCAAUCCUGCUCGCUGCGCCGUUUUCCAGUGCGACCUCACUUGUGAUGACCUGCGAGACAACAUUCCCGAGGCGAGCGUUGACGCUGCCACGCUCAUCUUUGUGCUUUCUGCCAUCCAUCCUGACAAGAUGGCGCUGGCCAUUGGCAACAUCCACAGGGUGCUGAAAGCCGGAGGCGUCGUUCUCUUCCGAGACUACGGCGUGCAUGAUCACGCCAUGCAGCGGUUCAAAGCCAGCAGCAAGCUGGCAGACAACUUCUACGUGCGACAGGAUGGAACCAGAUCCUACUUCUUCUCCAAAGACUUUUUGGCGGCGCUUUUCUUGGAGGCUGGCUUCCGUUGCGUGGCCAACCAGUACGUCCAGAGGGAAACGGUCAACAAGAAAGAAGGACUUUGUGUUUCCAGAGUUUUCUUGCAGGGCAAAUUCAUCAAAAUACAAUCAUGACAACAACACGCACACAUGCAUGCGGAGAAAGACCUGAGUGGUCGUAAAGUUCAAGAGGGGAUUGUUAAAAAGGACUUUGACUUUUUAAGUCACAUGUUUAUUUAGUUAUUUGUUUACUGGAAAAUUUCUCAUUCACUUUGAAAUGUAUGCAUCCGUUGUAUAGAUUAAGUGCAAUUUUAAAAAUAAUUUUUAAUCAUUUAAAAUGUAUUGUCAAAUCUCAAAAUAUUUCUUAUUUUGGGCUACGAGUUCAUAUCGAAACAAUGACUUUGAAUAUUCACUUGAUAUAAGUCUAAAAGUGAAGAAUGAAAUGGUUCUGUUUUUGUGGAGUGACAGAUUCCUGUGGGUCAGUCUGGGGAAGCUGACAGGAAGCGCACAACAGUAAAAGGUCACGUGGUCAGGUCCUUGCUGAAGCUUUUACUUUGUGGUUAUAUAACUUCCCCUAAAACACAUGUGAAAAAGCAGGAAGUGCAGGUUAGCUAACAUUACAUCGUGUGAACGUAGUUACCAAAUUGGCUCUCCAUGUCGUAUUUAACCUUCAACUCGUCAAUAACCAACAUUGAGAUGGCACAAAAACACUCCUGAGUAGGGUGUGACCAACAAGCAAACAUACUCUGCUGCUCACCAAGCGUGAUGCUAUCAAGUUUUUUUCAACGCAUUUUUGUUUCGCCUCAGGUUACCUUCACCCUGAAGCAACCUCGGAGUCAAAAAAGGUGGAGACACUUCCUCUCUCUUUCCCUGCGGUUGCGGCAGUCACGAGACCACUCAUCCUGUUAUUCCCCCAAGGUGUCAAAGCGUUUUCACUUAAGUAGCAGCUUGUCAUGCAAGUGCCCCGAGAAGAAACGGAGAAAUCCUUCUUGGGGUCAGUGGAGCGUGAAGGAUCUGAAUUUGUUCCCAGUCGGAUCGAUUAGCAUAGAUGUGCAGAAAUAAAAGCGGAUUUAAUGCCGUGAUUAGUGUCUGGACUACAAAGUGGUUUUAAAUAACUUAAAUGUUGAUCUUCAUUAGUGGACAGUAAUAAAAGUACAAAUACAUUUCUGUACUUUAAAGUUAUUAUAUAGUGUCAGUUGCCGCCACCUGCUUCUUGCGAUACUGUCAUGAAAAUGUUUUCUUAAAAACACAACAAACUUUAAAUUUUGUAACAUUUUGGCUUUUGAAGACUAAAAGAAGGCAAAACAACGUAACCAAGUCACGGGUAAUUCAAUAUGGGGGAUAGCGGCUGAGCGUCACUCAGUCGACCAAUUGAAAACAAAUUCAGAAGCCAAAAGGGUCACAAAGUGGGCGAUUGUUGGCAAUUGCAGAUGAAAUGAUUUAUUAGAGCAAUUUAACUCCGAGCACAAUAAUGGACUUUGUUAAAUGUUAUGCCACUUGUCUUUCUUUUGCAUGCUACAAUUUUGGAUCACUUGGAAAUAUCAGAAAAUCAAGUAAAAACAAAAUGGCUGCUGCUUGAGGUGGAAAUGAACAGGUGAAUUUUGCUGCCUAUGUCAACAUAUUUGUUUUUGGAAGGUUGUUUUUUUGACAUUAGUGAACAUAUUGUUCAGAAAAUAGCUUUGUGUCAGUCAUAAGCAAGCAUUAUCUCCGUAAACGCACUCGGUAU